AUGGGAUAUUUUAAUUCAGCUCUUUAUGUGGGCGACUGUCUUUAUGGCACUUCUACUCCAUCUAUAGGUAUGCGUGAAUUUUUUGAAUGUGUUCAAUACAACAAGCUACUAGAUAUUCAAGGGCAUGGCCUUCACUUUACUUGGACUCAAAAACCAAGAAAUGGGGUGGGUAUUCUUAAGAAGUUUGACCGGGUUAUGGGGAAUGUUAAGGUGUUAGAUUUGUUUCCGAAUGCGCAUGCUUUAUACCAUCCCUAUCAGGUCUCAGAUCAUGCUCCUUGUAUCCUCAAGUUAAAUGGGGAAACUCGGGUGAAGCCUAAACUGUUCAAGUUUGCUAAUUUUAUUGCUGCGAAAGAUAAGUUCAAAGCUUGUGUUCAACAUGAAUGGAAUAAAAGGGUGGAGGGUAUCCCUAUGGUUUCAGUUGUUACAAAGCUUUGGAAUCUGAAGCACCUAUUGAGGAAGCUUCUUCACCAGCAAGCUUAUGAUGAGGAAUCGUUUCUAAAACAAAAGGCAAAGAUUGAGUGGCUUUGUGCAGGCGAUAGUAACACUUCUUACUUUCAUAAUUGUGUCAAAAGCAGGAACGCUAGAAGUAAAAUCCAUAGUAUCAAGGAUGCUAGUGGUAAUCAAUUUGAGGGUACGGGUGUUGAAGCUGCUUUGGUCGAGCGCUAUGCUAACUUUUUGGGAAAAGAAGAUAAGGUGGAUGACUUAAUUAUGGAGAAUCUCUUUGAUAAUGUCAUAAGCCUAGAAGCGGCCGUUCACAUGGUUCGCCAGAUUACACAGGAAGAGGUUAAAGCUACUAUGUUUAGCAUUGGUGAAAACAAAGCCCCAGGGCCAGAUGGUUAUAUGUCGACAUUUUUUAAGAAGUCAUGGGAUAUUGUUGGAAAUGAAGUAACUGCGGCCAUUCUUCAGUUCUUCGAUAAUGGUAAACUUCUUAAACAAGUGAACCAUACUAUUAUUGCUCUUGUCCCUAAAGUGCCUACCCCGAACUCGGUUCUUGAAUAUAGUCCCAUCUCUUGUUGA